AGAGCCGGUCGGCGCUGGCGAGCACAUUCUCUGCUGUGAAGUAGCAAAGAAAGAAAAUGCCCGAACCCGCCAAGUCCGCGCCCAAGAAGGGCUCCAAGAAAGCCGUGACUAAAACCGCCGGCAAGGGCGGCAAGAAGAAGAGAAAGACCAGGAAGGAGAGCUACGCCAUCUACGUUUACAAGGUGCUGAAGCAGGUGCACCCCGACACCGGCAUCUCCUCCAAGGCCAUGAGCAUCAUGAACUCGUUCGUCAACGACAUCUUCGAGCGCAUCGCCGCUGAGGCCUCCCGCCUGGCUCACUACAACAAGCGCUCCACCAUCACCUCCAGGGAGAUCCAGACCGCCGUGCGCCUCCUGCUGCCCGGUGAGCUGGCCAAGCACGCCGUGUCCGAGGGCACCAAGGCCGUGACCAAGUACACCAGCUCCAAGUAAACUGCAGCUCUACUGCACCCACCCAACGGCUCUUUUCAGAGCCACCCAACUCUUCUGAAGAGCACAUGUCCUGGUGUUUCCCACUGCUGUUGUGUUGAAUAAUAACAAAUCCUACACACUGCUGUUUGCCUUUUAAUUAUUAAACUGUACACUGGCACAAUCUUAAAUCUACGAAUGACAUCACAGAAGUGUAUUCUGCAGGGUUUGAUGAUGUGCAGCUCACCACAGCCGUCAACACUGUUUUUCUUUAGACCAUUCAAAGGCUCCACUGGAGCGAAUGUAAAAAUUCACACUAGCUGCUUUCAUUUACAUGCUUUCAUAUGACACUGUUGGAUACUACUAUAUUCCAUGUGGAACUUUCAGAAAAUGCUCCAUAAUUCUAAGACAAAGCCAUCAUAAAAAAACCUUUUGCUACGACAGUUUUGCCCAUUUCUGUUAAUUUUGUUGUCAGUAUUCCAUAUCAUAAUAUUCCUCUUGUUUCCCUGAUAUCCAGGAGAACACAGGUUUUAAGAAGCUGCCAUUUUGGGGUAAUUUAAAAAUAGGUAUAAGUUUGAGAUUAGAGUACGGUGCCAAUGAUAUAUUUAUUCUCUGUAAUAGUCUGUAUAUUUAUAUUUCAGCCAUUUGUAUGUAUUAGAGAUGUUUCACAUGUUAUAACUUUUGGAAUA